AACACUUAUUUCAAAGAAAAAGAGAAGCAAACUCGUUUAUUUUCUUUUCUAGAGAUUUGUCAUCUUUUUUUUCUUUUUUUUUUUUUUAGUUUGGUAAUAAUGGGAAACUGCAUGGAGAGGUGGAGGCAAGGAGAAGGGGAAGAAGGAAAGACAGAAGUACGAGAAAAGGCAAAAGAAUCAUUAAAACUUGAAGAUGAUGAUCAUGAUGAAGAUGGUCGUGGAGGGAUGAAGGUGAAGAUAGUGCUUACUAGACAUGAAUUGGAUAUGUUUUUGCUUCAGAUGAACAAAAAAGAUGAUGGAAGCUUGAUGAUGACCGAGGAUGUUAUGGUAGAGCUAGAAAAGAGGAUCAUGAAAACAUCAUCAUCGUUAUCAACAUCACCAUCAUUGAUGGCAUGGGAACCGUCUUUAGAGAGCAUCAUGGAGUGCCCCGAAGUCCAGGAGAUGGAUAGAUGAGGCUGCUAAAGAUAUGAUCUAUAUGAUGAUAAUGAGUAUGAAAUUGAUGAUUAUUGUGUGAUAUCAAGCAUUUGUGUUAGAUUAAGAUGAUGAAAAUUUUGGAUUAGUUUUUUUGUUUGGGUUAGACUAGUUUUGAGGUCGAUCUCUUUCCAUAUAAAUAUUUUGAUAUAUCAAGAAGAAAUAUUUAUCUUGUGGAUGGGUAGGAUCUAAUUGUAAGAUAAAUAAUAUAUACUCGUUAAAUUGUC